CGAAAACAUCACUUUGGGGUCUGCUAGGUAUCUCUGUUUCACCAGCAACAGUCGGCAGAUGAUCUUUCUGCCCGGGAUUUGGACGGCCAAACAGUCUGCCCUGGCUGCGAGGAUGAUGGUUACCGGAGACUCGUGCGCAUUCGAGAGCGCCUCGCCAGAUAAGCAAGUAAUGAAUUUGCGGGGCACCGGGUGACCCACGAGUGUCAUAAUCGAGAUCAUGACCGGUGGCAGUGUCUGUGUUGUGUCUUGCUUUUACUGCCACGCGAAACGCCGUCACGCGUCCACUCGCGUUUCUACUUGUCCCUUCGAACACAGGCCUCCAGUGUGGCCCGCCAUCUGGUCAUUCACAAGGACCGAUAUCAAAGAUUGGGCCAAGACAUGUGGUCCUUGAUCAGCGUCCUCACGUGAACUCCACUCUGCGAAUUCCACGCAAAAUUUCUGCGGAACUUACAUGCACUAUGUGGAAUAUUGGGCUUGUUAAUCAGACACAAUGAAGAUAAUCAUGGCCGGAUCAUAUCGAUGGUUUAGCUCGCGAGGAUAAUAGGCCUCUGGUCUGGAAGCGUUGGCGUCUUGUGAUCGCGUGCUUGCGGGGUGUGUGAGGCGUGUAUCGAGGCGUAUAUAUACCGCAGUCUCGCUAGAGUAGUCUCACUCCACAAUCCUCAUGAAUCAGCCUCAUUCUGCGAUGGAAAUGGAUCUUUGCGACUUGUUACUCGCAAUGAAGUUGGAGCAAUCACGUAAAUCGGAAAACGUCAUUCGGGAAGAAUGCCUCAUUCCUGCCGCUCAUGACGAAGACUCAACCAUGCUCGAGGCACAUCCUAGUCCUUGUUCCAACUCAUCCAGGUCAAACUCGCCCUUAGAAGAACAGCCUACUCACGGCUGCGCAUUCCUUCAAGCCAUCCAAAACCAAGUCAACGAUUUCCCAACAACGGGCGGCGAAUACAUCGAAACCAUCUUUACCCAUCGACAAAUUUCGUUCGCCUUUCCUGCAGCUCACAGAUCUUGUGCGCAAGCGUUCCUCAAUUUGUCUGCGUUAUUGCAAGGCCGUUCAUGGAGAGCGGAUCGCGAAUCGGACUCGGAGGCAGUGACUGCCUUUAAAUACGAAGCGCAGUUUAUGAUCUCUGUAAUGGCGUGAAACCCGAGGAUACCAGUAAUAUGACCAUGUAUAGAUUGUUACAGUACUAACACGACUCGAGCUGUCCGGUCCAGGAUCACAGCCACCCAAAUUAGGUUGCCUCUUGCUGCUCCUACUUUCAUCGUGCACUUGGGGGUUCUUGCUCCCUCAUGGAACACCACAAUACCCCGCCCUCAAGACGAGAAAAGAAAGCAACGCAUCCCCACAGCCAGUCCUCGGCCGAACACCGAAUAUGACUGAGGAUGGGAGUGGUACCAGCGAACUAAAGCGGCUGCCCAAACCUCUGGUAUCACCGCCUCGACCUCCCCCCGCCCAACUUGCCCAGGAUCAGGCCGACGACAAAGCGCGGAAGAAAGCAGCGAAGGAUAUCACUCAGUCAUGGAUGGAUCGCCUACAACUCAUCAGUGUUAUCACAACGUUCUUCGCGUCCACCGAGGCGGGAAUGCUGCAAGUGAUCACCGAUGGCACGACUGUGGCGGGGCAAGUGGCGAAUUCCGCGUUCCUGGCAGCGCUGGUGCUCCAUAGCUGGGCAGCGAUCAUAUCCUUCCUGGGCGCUUUCUUCUUGGUGCGUUUCAACCUGAAGGAAGCAAAAGAGGAAGAACUGGAGGUUGGAUUUGCGCCCGGACCUGAUGGCUACGACCAUCCAAUCUCCAGCCAGCAGUCCUCGGUCGAUCAUCUCAAGCUCCAGCCAGUGUGGACAACUAAUCCGCAUGUGGAGCAAGUCAGCCGCUUCAAGAACUUGAAACCACCAACCCAUCUGCUGGGACGCUGUCACAGCCUGUGUAUGCUGUUCACAUUCGCGGGCUUCGGGCUUGAUUUACUCGGCAUCCUGGCUUUCGCGUGGGGUCAAAAUCCCGUCUCGGUCGGAGUAGUAACUUCAAUUUCGAGUUUGGUCUGUUUCUUGGGUGGAGCAUGGGUCUUCAUAUAGUUUGCGUUGUAGCCCGUCCUUGUAUCCGAGCGGACGACUAUUGUAUACAUAUACUGUAGGCUGCUGAUCAACUAAAAAUUGGACGCGUCCAACACGUGAUCGUUACAUGCUGUCUUCCCGCCACCCUUUUCAGGCAUUCCUCCGACGCUCGCAAUGCCCGCGGAGGACACUGCGCUGGACCGCGACGGCUCAGAAGGAGCGCCCUUCUUCCAUACCCAAGCCGCAGAGUAAAGCUGUAGCUGAGUGGGCUGCCGACAAGGAGCUCGAACCCUCCGUCGCACGAUGGGCCUCUACUGCGCGGAAGCCCCCAGACCGAGCCAUCCCCGUCCUCAAAGUACUGGACAGACCUCUUGGGGUUCGCACGCGACCAACACUUGUGAAGCAGUCGAGGGUGGAACGGUUCAGAGAUAUCUGGCUUCGCGAGGAUACGAUUCUGGAUGAACGGAAACACCUAAUCGGAGAGCUCAAUCGAGGGUACUACGUCGACCACGCUAGGCUCAUACAUGCAGGCCAUAUGGGCAAAACAUGGCUUGCGCCGCCGGGGCUGAUCCUGGAAGACAAAGCCCUGUAUCUUCCCAACUUCAAGGGGAAAGAUCUGGACAAAGGCGAGGUGAAGCACACGACGAUCAUGUGCUAUGGCAAGAUCACCCUGCUCGCUAUCGAGUCGACGGAGCUUUCUGUCCUCCAAACGCGAAGCUUCGUUGAAUCCGUCCAUCCCAUGUUCGAAUCCAACCCCUUGUAUCAGCGUGUGCACAUCAACGUCCAAGAAAACAUUCUUAAAGCGCUCGUCGUCAAUCUCUUUCUACAUAACCUCAGAAAAAAGGUGCCUGAAGAAUUGUACGGAAACUGUAUGCUUUCUUCGCAGAAUCUGGAGUAUUUGCGAGGUCCGAUGGCGUUGGACAACAAACUGGUCGGCUACGUGUAUCUCAUCGACGAGAAUCUCAAGAUUCGGUGGGCCGCGGGGGGAGAUGCAACGAUGUCAGAAUUGAAAGCUUUGGAGACUUGCACGGCUGUUCUCUUGAACAGGUUAGCAGAGAAGCAGAAGAAACAACCUGCAUCACCAUCACCCUAG